UGUGGGAAAAAUGCAGGUGUAGAUGUAAUCUCCAGCACCAGUCAGUCUAUUUAGGUUUCACCUGCUCUCCCUCGCUCUCUCUCUCUCUCUCUCUCUCUCUCUAUCUCUUACUCUUUUUUGUCUGCCGUGCUUUUGAUCGAACACACUAUACCAGAGCGAGAUCGCUUUCAUCUCCGUUUUCGCCCGGCAAGAAUGCUGAUCUGGAGAGAAAUGCCGCGGCCUGGUGCACGUUGACCGAGCGCUUGUUUACAUGUGGCCUGUGCAAACAGCUGAACCCAGCACGGGAGGCUCAGCCUCGGCAUGGCCGUCCGCUUCCACAGACAGACCUCAGGAAUGGAGGAGACAGUUUGGGAGCAGUUCACUGUGACGCUACAGAGGGACUCCAAGAUGGGCUUUGGGAUUGCAGUGUCUGGGGGCAGAGACAACCCAAACGCAGACAGCGGGGAGACGUCCAUCAUCGUGUCUGAUGUCCUGCAGGGGGGUCCAGCCGACGGCAUGCUCUAUGAGAACGACCGUGUGGUUCAGGUCAAUGCCAUCCCCAUGGAUAACGUGCCUCAUUCCUUUGCUGUGCAGCAACUCAGAAAAUGUGGGAAAGUGGCCAAGAUUACGGUGAAGAGACCCCGCAAAGUCUCCGUCCACCCCCUGAAGCGCCCUCCAUCCCCAGGGCAGGACAGCCGCAUCUACAACAGCUCCGGCUACUACGACGACGGCCGCAGCAUCCACAGCACCGGCGACAACGACCCCGGCUGGCAGGGCGGGAGGAGCAACAACGGCGGCCUGGGCUACCCCCAGCGCGACCACAGCCUGGAGAAGAGCCGCACCGGCGGCGGCGGCGGCUACCUGGAGCCCGAUUACGAUCGCGGGUACCGGCGCGAGCCCAGCAGGGGGCGCAGCGCUGAACGCUCGCCCAGCCCCACCGACCGCGGUUACCGGCGGGACGGCAGCCGGGGACGGGCCGUCGAGAGGGGCCACAGCCCGGAGCCGCGCUACCAGCGGGAGCGCAGCCGAGGCCGAGGCAGCCCCGGAGGUGGAGGCGGAGGAGGAGGAGGAGGAGGAGGAGGAGGAACGCUGGGCUACGACACGCGCCGGUACGAGCCGCGGGACGAGAAGGUGACGCGCAGCCAGAGCAGGGACCGCCUCCACGAGCCCUCGCCGGCCCUCAGCCGCCGGAACCAGCUGGAGCCGCUGGACAAGCCCGUCAACGUUCUGCUGGUCAAGAACCGCCCCGAUGAAGAGUAUGGCCUCCGCCUGGGCAGCCAGAUCUUCAUCAAGGAGAUGACCAGCACAGGACUGGCUUCACGCGACGGGAACCUGCAGGAGGGAGACAUCAUCCUCAAGAUUAACGGAACCGUCACAGAGAACUUGUCGCUGAACGACGCAGGGAAGCUGAUCGAGAAGUCGCGCGGCAAGCUGGAGCUGGUGGUGCAGCGCGACCGCAGUCAGAUCCUCAUCCGCAUGCCGGCGCUGGUGGACAGCGACUCCGAGCCGGAUGACCUGUCGGAAAUCGAGUCGUACCACUCCUACUCCCCGCAGGACGACCAGAGGUCCAGGCAGUCGGACCUCUCGUCCCACUCCUCCAACGAGACGCCACGGGAAAUAACCAGGGAAGACCCCACCACCAGAGUGACAAAGAUGGCCGCCAUGGGCUCACCCUUCAGAAUCCCAGAGAUCCUUCCCCCACCACAGGAAGAGCAGGAGAUGGAGCCUCCCGUAGAGGAACCACCAGCCGCUGUGAAGACGACCCCUAAGAUACUGCUGCGGCCCGACCCAGAGGAUGAGGCUGUCUAUGGGUCGAACACUGUGAUGGUGAACUUCCAGAAGGGCGACAGCGUGGGCCUGAGGCUGGCGGGGGGCAACGACGUGGGCAUCUUCAUCGCUGGCGUGCAGGACGGCAGCCCCGCUGAGGAGGAGGGCCUGCGCAUCGGAGACCAGAUCCUGAAGGUGAAUAACGUGGACUUUCGAGGCAUCGUGCGCGAGGAGGCCGUGCUGUUCCUGCUGGAGAUCCCUAAGGGAGACAACGUGACCAUCCUGGCGCAGAACAAAUCUGACGUUUACGACGACAUCCUGGUGUCUGGCCGCGGGGACUCAUUCUUCAUCCGGACCCACUUUGAGUACGAGAAGGAGGUGCCCCAGAGCCUGGCCUUCAGCCGCGGCCAGAUCUUCAAGGUGGUGGACACGCUGUACGACGGCAAGCUGGGCAACUGGCUGGCCGUCCGCAUGGGCAAAGACCACCAGCUGCUGGAGAAGGGCAUCAUCCCUAAUAAGAGCAGAGCCGAUCAGAUGGCCAGCGUGCAGAACUCGUGCCGGGCGACAGGCAGCGAUCGGGCGGACUUCUGGCGUCUGCGCGGCCAGCGGGCGGCCAAGAAGAAGGACCUGCGCAAGAGCCGCGAGGACCUGACCUCCACCCCCGUCAGCACGCGCUUCCCCGCCUACGAGAGGGUGGUGCUGAGAGAGGCUGGUUUCAGGAGACCUGUGGUGCUGUUCGGGCCCAUCGCUGAUGCUGCCAGUGAUAAACUAGCGUCUGAGCUCCCAGACCAGUUUGUUGUUGCCAAAACCGAGCCCAAAGACGCCGGCUCAGAGAAGUCAUCUGGGGUGGUACGCCUCAACACCAUCAGGCAAAUCAUAGAGCAGGACAAGCAUGCGCUGCUGGACGUGACGCCCAAGGCGGUGGACACGCUCAACUACACCCAGUGGUACCCCAUCGUCAUCUUCUUCAACCCCGACUCCAAGCAGGGCGUCAAGACCAUGCGACAGAGGAUCAUCCCCAACUCCAACCGCAGUGCCCGCAAGCUGUUCGACCAGGCGGUCAAGCUCAGGAAAACCUGCUCGCACCUCUUCACGGCCACCAUUGACUUAAACGCGGCGAACGACGCCUGGUACGGCAGCGUGAAAGACUCCAUCAGGGAGCAGCAAACUCAGGCGGUCUGGGUCUCAGAGGGGAAGCUGGACGGGACGGAGGCGGACCUUGACCUCCACGACGACCGCAUGUCGUACCUGUCGGCCAUGAGUGCCGACUACCUGAGCGCAGACAGCCGGCUGGCCAGCGACUACGAGGACACGGCGGACGAGGGCGGCGUCUACACGGACAACGAGCCCGAGGGCGAGACGACGACGACCACGACGACGCUGCUGCAGAGCAGCCUGCUGCACGGCUCGGCCAUCAGCCGCUCCUCUGAGCCGGUCAUGCCAGAGGAGAUCCUGCGCCGGUGUAGCCCUGAGAUCCGCAGCCGCGUCAGGAGUGUGGGGAGCAGGGAGGUCCUCAGCAGCGACCCCCCCGGCCCCAUGUCCACUUUCCUGCCCGAGCCCCCUAAGGUGAAACUCCCUCCCCGGGACGACGGUCCGGUGCGGGGCCCCUCCGACUCCAGCAGAGGCUACGACUCUCAUUCCAGCAGCCCCACAAGCAGCGACCACCCGCGCAGCCAGGACUCGCCCGGCGGGGGACGGCCCCCGCCGCACCCCGCCGCCGGCCUCAGGCCUUCCUCUGCGUCCCGGGCCUCUCGCGGCCCGCCCGUCGUCGACAGCCAGCCGCCGCCGCCACCGCAGGGGCCGGCUCCGGCUCCGGGCGGCCGUGAGCAGGCCGAGGAGACCCCCGAGGACCCGUCGCUCAAGUCCUUCCUGGGGAAGGUGCGCGCCUUCGAGAAGAUGGACCACUUCGCCCGAGCGCAGAGAAUGCUGGAGCUACAAGAAGCACAGAAUGCCAGGCUGGAGAUAGCCCAGAAGCAUCCAGACAUCUAUGCCGUCCCUAUAAAGUCCCAGAAGUUGGACCACAGUCGGCCACAGCCCAUCGGGUCCAGCUCUCGGCCCGAGCCGCAGACACCGCCCUCCAAGCUGCCCUACUCGGCCGACGGCCGGCCGUACCAGCCCAGCGAGGAGGACGAUGAGUACCGUCGGCAGCUUGCCGAGCAGACGCGGCGGGGCUACUACGCCCAAAACGCACAGAAGUAUCAGGACACUGAGCUGUAGAAGGAAAGAAUGAAAGGAAGACGAGAGAGAGAGAGAGAGAUAGAGAGAGAGAGAGAUGAAGAAACACGCCCUGCUUGGCUCAGAACACGGCGACACCAUUCCACUUGCCUGGCGCUGCCACCCAAAUUUACACUGCACUUAUUGUGGUCUGGGAACACUCUAUUGGAUUGCGAUUGGCCGAGGGGUGUCACAAAUGAGCAUCGAUCAAAAUUACUCUGCAAAUGUUUGGAUCUUGUGUAAAAGUGUUAUAGCAAAGACUGAGCUCUUAAUAACAUAGGAAAAGAGCCAUUACUUGAGACUACAGUGUUGUUUCCAACCUCUUUAACGGCAGCCAUUUUGUGGUGGUUGGAUUUCGAAUUCUAACAAUUUGUCUAGAUGUCAUCUCCUGAACCACACCCCUCAAGAUUGCUGAUUGGUCCUAUUGAAAAUCUAAUGAGCCAUGGUCUUUCUAAUUGAGAGUUUCCACACUAUAAUCCCAGCAAAAACGGAUCUAUCUGAGAGAUAGUCUGGCAGCCCCAGGCUAUACCAUUCCACAGGGGCAAUCCCCUAAUCCCAAACUCCCCACCUUCCUGUGCCCCGCAACAAUCUGCUGCUGACUUGGAAGCCCUCCUGCUUUUAAGUUUCUUCUCACGCAUUUUUGUUUUCCUCAUUUCUUUCUUGCUUCGAAGAAGUCAAACUUUCUGUCCUUGUGGAUAGGAUCUCAACUCUUUAUGUCAUUUUUUUCUAUUGUAUUUACUUCUUGACUUUUAAAUUGUUUCUUUGUUGUUUCAUCCUUUGUGUUAAAUAUCUAGGAACCACACAUUUUCUUGCCUAUGCAAAAAAAAGUUCAGUUUGUGCAGAGCGACUGAAAUAUAUUGCCACGAGUCCCUUUUCACCUCAUUAACACCUUAAGCCUGUCGUGUGCUACUGUAUAAACUAGCAUUUUCUUCUGUUACAAUUAUUUUUUGUAUCUUUUACAUUGAGACUCCACAACGAGUCUCCAGAAUCUAUUUGGAAAGGUCACAAUACAAUAUAGCGUGUGUCCUUUGUAUUCUUUUUACUUCUGUCAGCAUUCCUUUCCUCAUGGUUCUGAGUGUAGAAUGGUUUAAAUACAGUACACUGGAUUUUGUUACAAUUUUUUGAAGUGCCUUUUUACUUUAUGAAAUAAUGUAUAGAGGCUUGGGGACGUGACAAUCCAGCCUUCUGGACUUAUAUACACUGCUGCUCACAAGCUCAAAACUAAGGGGAAAACAGGGAACUGACGACACCAAAACCUUAAAUGCUGUAUGCGCGUCACCCUCGUCCUCUGCAGAAAUGAAACAAGUGAUGACGAAGACGUGAUGUUUCCAAAAAGAGGUAUACAUGAGAGUGCUGAGAGGUUGUGGAUGCUUGUUUGAUGCUGUCGUCACGAAUCAUAAUAUACUGUUGCUGUCUCAAGCGUACACUGUUUUUUCGGCUUGAUUGUACGUUAGCCAGCUGUACCUCCACACAUGGUUUUAAGUGCUUUCGACCUUCUGUUUUUUUAGUGUUUCUUCUUUAUUGUCUUUAUUUUUCUCUGAUGGCUUCCACAGGUUGUGGAGAAACAAUGUCGAGAGAGUGUUGAUGACUGGACAAGUCUGUCUGGGUCUGUUGUGGAAUUUCACUUUACAAACACCAAAUAAAUCAAGUUAAAUAAUCUUAUAA